CUUUAUUUUGUAUACAUGUCCAUCGCAUGAAAUAAACACCAUUACCUAACAUAUUGUAAGGAUAUGUCAAGGAUAUUCAAAUUUCAAAUCACAUGAGUGCCAUAGAUUUCUAAGACCGCCUUCUUAUAAAAGUUACAUCCGGAUAACAAACCCCAUAUCUUUUUAACAGAGCGCUAACAUAAGUUGUGUACUUUCUUUACACUGCAAUCAAAAUGGCAAGUUUUGGAAAUAUGUUUUCAAAAUGUUACAUAUUUGCAGUGUUAUUCAUAUGUAAGUUUAUGUUAAUUAGAGCAGUUCCCGUGGAGCCUGUUUGUUCAAAGUUUUCAUAUGACGAACAGUUACUAGAAAAAAUGGUUCGCAUGGAAUUUUUUGUGGAAAACAUGCAAAAAGAAGUAGAAAAGAGUGUUUCUAAUGUUAUGGAUUUAAUGAUUGGCAUUAAGGGAAAUAAUAGCGAAUUAUCGGACAGAUUCUCGGAGCAGCAAGACAAGAUAGACAAUUUGGAAAGACAGACGGACGUUUUGAGUGAAACCAUGGCAAACAAAAGCAUAGUUUCUGAAAACAUGCAGAGCACGAGAAAUAUGACAGUAGUUGUAGGAAACAUCAUUAAAGACCUUGAGGAGAGUACUUCCGGUUUAGAUAACUUGAAGGUGAUUACAGAUGAGAUCAACAAAAAGUGUGAGGACGGACUUUCAGACAUGAAUACAAAUUUGGAAAGACAAAUGAGUGUCCUAAGCGUCACCAUGGCAAACAAAAGCGUCGUUUCUGAGAAUAUGAAGAGCAUUAAAAGCAUGGCACUUAAUGUGGAAAAUAUCAAAAAAGAUCUGGAGAAGAGUACUUCCGGUUUAGAUGACUUAAAGACAGUUACAGGUGAGGUAAAAGCCACUUGCAAGGAUGGUCUUUUAGACUUGUCGAACAAGUUUGCGGCUUUGGAAAAACAAAUAAAAGAGUUGGAUCAGGCAACGGAGAAAAAAACACAGACAGUUGCAUUUAAUGUCAUGGAUGCAAUAAGCUUCACGGAUAGGGAACCAGUUAAAUUCUCAAAUGUUAUAUUUAACGAAGGCGAUGCCUACAACAAAGAUACUGGAAUGUUCACAGCGCCAACUGACGGAAUUUAUCAGUUUAAUGCACAUAUUUGCGGCAAAAAAGAUGCAGGAGAGAUAGAGUACUACAUAAAGGUUGGCAGUAAAGCGAUUGUUUCCGGAGAGUUUGUGCUGCCAGAGAGAGCUUCAGAUACAAAAGUACAUCAUUUAGUGCAGUUGCCUUGGUUCGAAAAGGUGAAAGUGUGUUAGUUGGUGGAAUGAAAUUCUCUGAAUUAGAUCGAGUAGAUAACGACUUAUCUUCUUUCUCAGGUAUACUGAUACGAGCAUUAUAGGGGUAUAGCUUUCAUUCUAAGAAACAUUAUUGAAUGUUGUUAUGCAUUUCUUUGAUUAAAAAAAAUAGAAUUAGUUUUCCAUCUAUGUAAUAUACUACUUGUAUUUCAUUGAUGCAUGCGCCCAUUUUAUGCCCUAUCCCAUACAAACAAUUUAGAAUAAGUUCAAUAUAUAUAGUGUAUGUUAGUGAAACUGAAUGUUAAGUGAUUGAUUUAAAAAAAACUGCGAAUUAUGUUAAGUUUAAUUCUGUUGGUACAUAACACUGAUGAAGAUUACUAGUUUGUUGAUUUGUAAGCAUUAACAUAGCAAUACGGUUUAACAAAGUGACUUUAUCUAAUUUAUUUAUAUAGUUCUAAUUUCAUCAGCUUAGGAGUAUUUCAUUUCAAUUUAAAUCAAGUGAAGUAUCUCGUACACACCAUUAACCAGAAAAGUGCGAAAGAUUUAUGAGAUAAAAGUGCAAGGAAGAUAUUAAAGACCAGUAGUAAAAUGAGAUAAACAAGCAAUUAUCAUAGUAUUGCAAGCAAUCCAUAAGUCCCCUACCGGUAAGAGCCCAAGCAACAUUCUGAAGGGCCAUUGGCCAUUCACUUAUGUUCCUAUUUAAAUAAAUUUGUUGAAAAAGUUCUUUAAAAGUGAUCACAGGAAACAGUUUUUAUGUACAGACAGACAGACGGACUGAAGGACACUCUAAAGUUAUUUUUUAAUCAUCACUGUUAUCAAAAUAUAACAUUUUUAAAAUCCUAUCAUGAUUGAAGAAGUUGGAGUAAAAAUUACCAAUUUCUCAAAAAAAGUCCAAGUUGAAAAGGGGCAUACUUCUGGAUAUAAUCUUGCUAGAGUAUUGAACACUCACAUGAUGAGUGAUAAUAAGAAACAUUUAUAUGAAGUUUGAAGUAGAUACAUUCAGAAAAAGAAGUUAUUAAAAAAAACAAUGUUUUUUUUUCAUAAAAAUUUUAUGUUCAAGGGAGGUAAUUCUGAUAAAUUUUGUGCUAGAGUUGUAAACCUUGUCACAUAUGAUAUGGUUGAUGACAAGCAACUUAUAUUUAAAGUUUGAUGAAAAUACCUUAAGAAAUAAAAGUAUUUAUAGUGAAAAAACUUAAAAACUAGAAUCUUGAAAUUCAGUCUAUUUGUUGCCAUAGCAACCAGAAUUUUCAACAUAGGAAGAUAAGAAAAGGAUGUGCAUAAUUUCCAUACUGCCAUCUACCCAUAUGUCAAGUUUCAUAAAAAUAUUUUCAGUACUUUUUGGGUUAUCACUGGAUCCAGGUUAUGUGUAAAAUUUGCCAUAUUUUCAGUCUAUUUGUUGCCAUAGCAACCAGAAUUUUCAACAUAGGAAGAAAAGAAAAAGACGUGCAUAAUCUCCAUACUGCCAUCUAUCAAUAUAUCAAGUUUCAUAAAAAUAUUUUCAGUACUUUUUGCGUUAUCACGGGAUCCAGGUUAUGUGUAAAAUUUGCCAUAUUUUCAGUCUAUUUGUUGCCAUAGCAACCAGAAUUUUCAACAUAGGAAGAAAAGAAAAAGACGUGCAUAUUCCCCAUACUGCCAUCUAUCCAUAUAUCAAGUUUCACUAAAAUAUUUUUAGUUCUUUUUGCGUUAUCGCGGGAUCCAGUUUUGUGGACGGACGGACUGACGGACGGACAGACGGACGGACUGACGGACAGACAGACAGACGGACGGAGGGUAAACCUAAAGUCCCCUCCGGUAAACCGGUAGGGGACUAAUAAAAGUUUUUCGAGAUAUUUGUACCAUGUAAUGUAGACUUUUACUAGUUACAUUUGUGUACAAUUUUUAAUCGUUUUGCUUAUUCCCUUUCUUCAAAAUAAUCAUUUUAAUAAGUCUUAAUAAUGUCAAACUCAAACCAGGCUAUGUAUUGCACUAGAAAUAGAUAUGAGUAUAUUUCUUUGUCAUUAUUAUCAUAUUGCUCUGUUUUUAUUUGUUUGUCCUGAUUGAUCUCUGAUAUAUUUUAAAAUUUUAUGUAUUUAAGGUCUUUUAGACAUCCUUGGAGCUCCUUUAAGUUACUUUAUGAAUUCACUUUAUUAAAAUGAUCUUGCCUGAUUAAUUUUAAACUUUCUUGAAAUCUGUUACUGCUUUAAUUUUGAUCAUUUCAACAGCCCAAUUUAAAGUUAUUGUUUGGCAAUAUUGACCCGAGACAUUUGAAUAUUCAAUCACAUUUGGUUGGUAAUCGUCGGUAAUCAUACGGAUUUUAAAGUAUGGCAUGACGGUAUACGUGGUCUAUGUAUAUAACUAAAAGUUACCGACACAAUAAGUUGCCUAACAAGCCUCAGUGAUAAGGAGUUAAGAAUUUUUAGUUUCAAAUUAGACAUUGUAUGUUGGAAUCUAAUUUUAUCUUUUUUUUAUUUAUUUUUUUUUUGUUAUAUAUAUUUCAUAUUUAGUUACUUAGUUUUUGUGCAUGGCAAUCACCCAUUGUACGACUUUACAAAUUGAAAUUAUGAAAUUUACAUAUAUAUCUAUAUAUUAAAGUUGUUUUUUUUGUUCUACAAAAGACACAAGAAAUUAAAGAAAUGAUUCAUCCACUAAUGCUGCAUACAAUUUAAAAAAAAGAAAUUAAGAAAUCUGAAAAAAAAAACAGUUUGUUGAGGAUGUGACCUUACAACUUCUCGAUUACUUUGCUCUCAUACUUACCACUUGGCCAUAGGGACUUUAGUAUAAAAAUAAAGUAUUGAUAAUAUUCAUGUCAUUAAUAAUCAAUAAGUAAAUCGUAAAAAAUAAAAUAAAGCUUCAGAAAUUGAUGAGUCUAAGGUCAAUAUUGCCAAACAAUACGUUUUACAGUACAAUACUAUAUAUACAUGACUGAUACCCGCUUUUGGGUAUGUAUUUGAUAAAAUUAUUACAAAGAUUAGUGUUUCUUUAUUGACCUGUUUACAGCAGGAUACGGUCUGGUCAGACUGCAUGAAAAACCUGUAAUUGCUUAACGGAAAUUCGAUAGGAUGAAUUAUAUCUUUCAUAAGGCAUUAAAGAUGUACUAUGCUCAAAUUUGAAAUUAGAAAAUAUUGAAAACACGUUUUGACUACACACAAAGUAGAUAUAUCUUAUAUUUAAAAUUCUACACAACAUAUGCACAUAUAGUUUUAUUUAAAAACAGCAGAUUUGUUAAGAUUGAAAGGUUUUUAAACGCUAUGUAAGAUUAAAUUUGAUUGGCAUAAUAAAUGUUUGCGUCCAUCUUCGACAAGUGAAUCAUAUAAAAAGCUGGAAAUCAAGCUUGGGCUAAAAUUAAGAUGGAUUUUAGAGAUUUAAAAGUUAAGUUCUUUUCUAUUGUUUCCUCAGUAAAACCCUAAAGUAAUGCCGUGGCGAGCCGGUACCAAAAGAACAAUAACAGGUCGGUAUGUUGGCAACUUGUUAAGCGGUCGGUAAGUGAUUUUCUGCACCGCUUAUAACAAAGGAGCCG